AUGGAACUCGCGAAUGAGCUCUGCCGACGGACCGAAGAAUGUCUCUCCCUUUUCCAAGAUGCAUCAAGGCACCAAGCACUUGCCGACGAUGACUGGUUUGAAGACCGGGCUGCCGACUUUGUGUGGUGGUCCCACGGUUUGAAAGCCCAAAAAACUGGCCGCAGCUCUCUUGAUUAUCGACUAAGAGACCGACCAGACAUCCAAAAAGUCAUUGCAGGCCUGCUCGAUAGCUUGGCCCAGGCGCUGAAGGAAUGUCUACAACCCGAAACAGAUGAGGGUCAAGGCUCAAUCCACGGUGACCAUGAGGACGAGGCUUCCGAGUUCGACAACAGUUCAAGUGGUUCGUCCUGGUCCGACUUCUCAGACGAAGUCAAUCAGUCAAAGGACAAGGACGAAGCAGACACCCCAAAUACUGAGGAUUCUGACCCUAGGUUCUACAUUGAAACCAACUUGAAGCUGCUAGCAAAGAUAUCCAUCGCCAUUAGAAGAUCGGGGGCAAAACUGCGCUACUUGAAAGCUGAUGCCUACCUGAAAGAUCACCCAGACGAUGAUGAGUACACGCAGCUAAGGAGCCACCUCUUCUUCCUGAUUCUAGUCGGAUCCUACGAACAAAAGCUUUUCGGCGAGCUCAGACGUCGAGCCAUCAAUGAACAACUACCGAAGGCUGUCGAAAUCGUGAUCCGUUCAUGGAUUGUUGAUCCCUCUCGGGUGACAUCGAACCAGCAACGGCUUGUCGAGACCAACAUCACAAGAAGGAAUAGGAUUGCAUAUGCGAGACGCUUCAUAAGCAAGGGUGCUGUCCCAACCAAGAGCAAAGAAGCAGCGGCUCCGACGAUCGUCCCUUCACCACUCCCAGAUGCCGUGCUUCGGCCAGCCAAAGAGCCAAGCACUUUCGGCGCCGAUGCACAAGAGCCAUUCCAAAUUGCGGACCCCAUCCAAGCGUUGCCCAUAUCCCCAGAGCCUGCGAAAUCUCUGACUGCAAAGACUUUGACAGCGACGGAGCUAGGUUCGCAAUUCGUCCUACCUGUCAUCGUGCCAUUCGAGCCCAAGAAGGGGGCCAUGUCGGUCGCAACCAAGAUGACGCAAACUGGCGUCAAACAAGACUAUCCAGCAUGUCCUGGCAAGAAGGGCAGCUUCCAGUGCCCGUACUGCGUACAAGUUCUGUCCGAGGACUACACAACAAAGUCUAGAUGGCGGGGCCAUGUCGCGCAAGACUUGAAUCCAUAUUCGUGCAUCUAUCAAGACUGUCCAGAUUCCCAUGACCUGUAUGCAACCAGGGAGGAAUGGAUCAAGCACAUAAGGAGCAAGCAUAACGAGGAGCGCUGGGUUUGUGAUGAUUGCAUUUUCGAGAGCGACCAGGACGACGAAUUCAUUUUCGACAAUCAGGAACUAUGGGAGAUCCAUAUGAGGUCCCUCCACAGCUGCCCGGAUGACCGCCUGACGCUCCUCUGCAGCAUGAGCAAGAGAAAGCUCGUAGAAUUGGCCGAAUGUCCCCUUUGCAAACGGCCCUGUGGGCACUCGAGGCCAGAUGAAGAUGACCACAUUGCAGAGCAUCUUCAUUCAUGGGCAUUGAGAGCCCUUCCUUGGGAUUUGAACCCGGAUGAUGAAGCCUCCUCUGAUUCACCCGAGAUGGGAUCUGAGAACGACCUGGCAAGAAUAUCAGAGAUGAGCGAACUCCCCGAAGAUGAAGCCGACAGCAUCACAGCAACAACAUCAGACGCAAUCGAGCGUGAGGUGACUCGCUGGAGGACUGACUGGAAAUACGAAGAUAAUGACCUCUCGGAUCGGUUCUACGUUUUGGCUAAGGCCUUUGGAGAGACCAUUGAGAAAUGGACAGCUCAUGGCCGGCUUGACACGCAGAAUGAGACUGCGCUGCAACAUCUCAUGAGAAUCAACCAAGCCAGGGGUCAACUGUAUCAUGCCUCGGAAUUGACUGCCCAACAACGACAAGACAUGGAAGAUAGCCUGUGUAUUAGCAUCGAGCUUGGCGUAGAAUACAUGGCCGGGGUAUUAAGCGAGGAAGAGGAGGAGCCAUCUCAGGAGCCUUCCAUUGACGCAGAUGAACUCGAAAGACCCAAGGCACCACCACCACCUCCGGCAGUUGGAAUACCCAGGGUUACAGGCGAGAACAUACUUCCAUCGGAUGACGAACAGAGGGCUAUACUGGAAAACGCUGGAGAACACUACUCCAAACAUGUGUCAAUGCCGAUAAUUUGGGCCCAUAGAGAUCCCGGUUGGUUCAUGCCUGCUGAAAUGGUCAGGACGAAGACACUCGACAUCGACGCUAUUAGCAUAGCAGGAAGCGCAGACAAAGACAGGUCUAGGUGGGAUGAAGAGCAAACCGCCGUCCAUACGGACACCGAGAGCGGUCAAGAUUUUCUCAUCCAGGCCAUGGGCCCUAGGUAUCGCUAUGGUGAUACUCCCUACCAGGGCGAUCUCUACCCGCAUGAGUUAUCUUUAUCAGAUGGAUCGGAGUCCAGUGUUGUGGACUUACCUAGGUAG